CUGUGGGCUUAGCUAACCAGUAGUAACCCACUUCUCUCUCUCUCCCUCACUCUCUCUAACACUGCCUUACCCUUCCUCGCAGGAAAUGAGAUUUCUCUCUCUUUAAUUUUGUUCCUUUUAUUUUUUUGGGAGAUGGAUGUGGAUACAUGUAUUGUUUCGAGUUCGAAUUCUUCUUCUUCUUCUUCGUCGGGGAGUUCCUCGUCUGCUAUGGCGGCGGAUCGGAUGGUGCGGAUAGAGAUAGAGGCGGCGGAAGCGCUGGCGGAUUUAGCGCAUUUGGCUAUGAGAGAAUGUGGAAGCGGUGAUUCCGGCGGUAAAUGGGGGGGCAAAGGAAAACGAGGUAAGAAGCGAGUCAAGAGCGAGUCGUCGCCUGAUGAUUGUGCUUCGAACCCUUUUCCUGACUCGGUCCACAGCUGCCCGGAUCUCGCUCCGGAUCAAGCAGUUGUGGAUCACCAACAGAGUAAAUCAAUAUGUAGAAAUGUAGUGAUAAAUCCUACAAAGGCUGAGCUGGAUGCAGAUGCAACUAAACCAAUUCCUAGUUGUGUGAAAAGUCGUUCAUCAUAUGGUGGCAGCAGGUCAAGACAAAAUUUAACUGAGGCUGAAAAGGAAGCACGGAGAUUACGUCGGAUAUUGGCAAACAGAGAGUCGGCUAGACAAACGAUUAGACGUAGGCAGGCUCUUUGUGAGGAGUUAUCGAAAAAAGCUGCUGAUCUAGCAUGGGAGAAUGAAAACUUAAAGAGGGAAAAAGAACUGGCCUUGAAAGAGUAUCAGUCUUUGGACUCCAAGAAUAAGCACUUAAAGGCACAGAUGGCCAAAUUAAUAAAAACUGAGGUGGAGGAAUCUUCAGGAGAUCUUAAGUCAGUCCAUGUUGAGAAGCCUACUAUCCCAGCUCCAAACUGCCCAUUGCUGUUCUAUAACCAACAUCCAUUUCCACCGCUUUGCUGGCCUUCCAUGAUUCAGUCUUCAAGUCCUGUCCAAUCACAUAAUGGGCGUCAAAAUGCCAUUGUCAUUCCAUCAACCAUUUCCAUGGUACCUAAUGGAGAGCUUGAUUCGGCUCAGCGGCAACAGGAAAACCCCAUGAUUGUCAAUGGGCCAAGGACUCCCUUAUAUAUUGUGUCAUGCCCGUGGUUUUUCCCAGUUCCUGAUCAUGGGAAUGGAAGCCACCCUCAACCCUCCCUUGGCUUGAAACACAUACAAGAUGGGACUUUUGUAAAUGAUCAAUGUAGUAGUAGUUCAUCUUCGAAAGCUGCUGCACUUACAGUGAACCAACUUUCCCCUUUGCCUGAAAAAGUUAAAUUAGAAGCUACUGGCUCAACAGAAGUCAGGGUUAUUAAUGAUCUUAAUGAGACACCAGUAGGAUUUCCCCCAGAUGGAGGCGGUCGAUGUCUGGGAUCCCACUCUAAAGAAACAACUACUUCUCCAGUAAUGGUUGGUUCUGUUGCUGUUAAAAAUGAGAAUGGGCUUCAAUCAGAAUUUUUUCCUCAUGUUGAUGGCAUUUGUACAAAAUCUAGGCAACUAAUAAGUGCUUUUCCAGGAAAGAAUCAAGAUCCAUUUAAAUUCCCAAGUAAGAAACUAGUGGAUGCAGCUGCUGCAGCAGAGGCAAGGAGGAGGAGGAAGGAACUUACAAAAUUUAAAAAUCUCCACAACCGCCAAUGUCGGAUGAACUGUUGAAGGUAGAUUUGGAUGGUUUCUUUAUCAAAUGCAUUCUGGGUGCCUGAGCUGUUAAACCUUAAUCAGGAUACUGAUGUAAAAGCAGAGAAGGUUUCUGCAGGGAAUAGAGAUCAACCACUUGGUUAUACAUCUAUGCAACUGCUAUUUAGAUUUAAUGGAAGGCUUUUCUUUUUCAUCCAUGUAUUGUGGGCAAAUUCUGUUAGCCCUUUUAUGGCGCACAAGUAGUCUGACACCAUGGAAGCUUUGAGAAUCAGGAGAGAAGAGUACAUCAGGAAUGUAUUAUUUAGUGGCUUAAGUUGGAAAGUAAGGUAAGUAGUAUUUAUGUAAACUGAGUAUUGCUGCAUUUUGGCGGGUUGAAUCGGAAAGGGCAGCGAAAGCAGAAUUAGGAAAUGAAUUUGAAUGUAGCUGGGUUGUCUGUAACAUUAUGUUGUAAGACGUACUCUUUUAAGAAAAAUGCACGAGUAACUUCAGGCA